AUGAUGAAAAUGGGAUCAUCAAGAAAUAAUUUACUGGCAGCAGUGCUUGUUACAUUGAUACAAGUGGCUUUGAGCAGUGAAAACUCAUACGACAGUUAUAGAUUACCUCGAGCUAUACUUCCUCAACAUUAUGAUUUGCGUGUUUUCACGCAUCUUGGUGAUGAGCGAGGUUUCAUAUUUUAUGGUCAAGUAGCAAUCCAGAUGAUUUGUCAAGAAGAUACAAACAAUAUUACGCUUCAUUCAAAAAAUUUAACCUUAACCGAGCAACGGAUAGUGCUGCGAGAAAUAGAGACGGAGUCGUCUUCAGGAGCGUCUGAAAAAAUAGAAAUCAAGAACGUACAGUAUUUACCUGCCAACGACUAUGUGGUGUUUCAUGCUGGCAAGUUGAUGCAGAAAGGUCAUCGCUAUGAGUUAAUUGUUCCAUUCGAGGGCGCGCUCGGGAUCGGGCUAAUUGGAUACUAUCGAAGCAGUUACACGGACAAGACAAGCAAACAAAAAACAUGGCUUUCUGUGACUCAAUUCGAGCCGACGUACGCGCGCCAAGCUUUCCCGUGCUUCGAUGAACCCGAAAUGAAGGCAACGUUUGAUAUUUCAUUGGCGCACCACAAACGGUACGUGGCCUUGAGCAACAUGCCGAUGAACCGAAGCACGCCCCUUGAGGGCGAUUCGACUCCCCCUGAUUGGGUGUUGGAUGAAUUCACCCGAUCGGUGCCAAUGUCAACCUACUUAGUAGCCUAUACGGUUAACGAUUUUGAACACCGCGAGGCAGCGGUAUCAGAAGAGGGCGACGUGUUGUUCAAAAUUUGGGCCCGCCGUGACGCCAUCGAUCAGGUCGAUUACGCACGUGAGAUUGGGCCACGUGUGACGCGCUUUUACGAGGAUUAUUUCCACCAAAAGUUUCCACUGCCCAAAAUUGACAUGAUCGCUAUCCCGGACUUUGCUUCGGGCGCCAUGGAAAACUGGGGACUCAUCACCUACCGCGAGACGGCGCUGCUGUAUCAUCCAAACAUUUCCACGGCAAGCAACAAGCAUCGCGUGGCAUCCGUGAUCGCGCACGAGCUGGCACACCAGUGGUUUGGAAAUCUAGUAACCAUGCGCUGGUGGACCGAUCUGUGGCUAAACGAGGGGUUCGCCACGUACGUCGCUAGCCUGGGUGUCGAUUAUCUGCACCCAGAGUGGUUUUCCCUCGAAGAGGAAUCCGUGUCAAAUGCGUUGGACAUUUUCAAAUUCGACGCCCUGCUGUCGAGCCAUCCUGUUUCGGUGGAAAUUGGCCACCCGAAUCAAAUUUCGCAAAUAUUUGAUGCCAUUUCGUACGAGAAGGGUUCCACGGUUAUCCGUAUGAUGCAUCUCUUUCUCACCGAGGAAACGUUUCGCAACGGGAUUGCGCGCUAUUUAGAGCGCCAUGCUUAUGGAAAUGCGCAGCAAGACGAUUUGUGGGCGGCUCUCACGGAGGAGGCGCACGCAAACGGCGUGCUGCCGGAUUCGAUCGCUGUGAAGCAGGUUAUGGACUCCUGGACACUGCAGACGGGUUAUCCGAUUAUCACAGUGACACGAAAUUAUGGUGAAAAUUUGGCCGAAGUCACGCAAACGCGUUUCGUAUCGAUGCCUUCUGGUGAGGCGAAUGUCACCGACUAUUGCUGGUGGAUUCCGCUGACAUACACGACAGCAAAAUCGCCGGAUUUCAAUGACACGCUUUCCAAAGACUGGAUGGAAUGCAGCAUAAAUGAAGCCGCGGCCCGGAAAGGACCCAUCAAGGUGCUGGACGAUAUGCCAGAUCGUGAGCACUGGGUGCUGUUCAACGUGCAGCUGGCCGGUUUAUAUAAGAUAAAAUAUGACAGAACGAACUACCGGCUGCUGGUGGCCCAGCUGAAUGGAGCAAAUUAUAGUGCCAUCGGUCUGCUGAACCGAGCCCAACUGAUCGAUGAUGCGAUGGAUCUCGCCUGGACUGGUCAGCAGGACUAUGGAAUCGCCUUCGCUAUGAUCAACUAUCUGCGGCAAGAACCCGAGUACAUACCUUGGAAAUCGGCAUUAUCUAAUUUGAAUAACGUAAAUCGGCUUCUUAAGCGUACUCCCGUUUACCCCAUUUUCCAAGCCUAUAUACAGUACAUAUUGGAGCCCAUCUAUCUUCGGUUGGAUGUGUUUAAUGACACGGCGAAACCGACCAUCGAUCGGCUGGACGCGAUUAAGCAGGUGGUUUUGAUAGCGUCCUGGUCGUGCCGAUUUGAAGUCGGUGACUGUAUCGAUCGUUCCGUACAGCUGUUCGCUCGCUGGAUGAAUGAAACUAACCCCGACGUCGACAAUCCUGUCCCCGUAAACCUGCGUCCAGUUGUCUACUGCAACGCAAUUCGCAUGGGUAAGGAAGCGCAGUGGAGUUUCCUCUGGAAGCGCUACUUGCAAAGCAACGUUGGGUCGGAAAAGAACCUCAUCAUAGGGGCACUAGGCUGUACGCGCGAAGUUUGGCUCCUGAAUCGAUUCCUGGGCUGGUCGCUCAAUAGCACAUCCGGCGUGCGGAAGCAGGACGCGACGCUUCUUUUCAGCGGUGUUUCCAAGAGCGAAGUGGGCUUUAAUUUAACCAAGAUCUUCUUCCUGGAACGGGUGGAUGACAUUUACAAUUACUUGAGUCCAGACACGUCCCGUCUUUCACGAUACAUUAAACCCCUUGCGGAGCAAAUGUCAUCAACGAAGGAGCUUCAAGAGCUAACCGAUUUGAUCGAAAAAAAGGCGUCCAUUUUUGAAAAGGCUACUCAAAGCGUAAAGCAAGCGCUAGAAACGGCUCAAACGAACAACAGAUGGAUUGUGACGAACUUGGACAAAAUGACACGACUGUUGCGGAUUUUGACUGCACGCUCUGCAAACACUACGAUCAAUGUCCUGAAGUUAUUCGAAAACGUUGACCUUUAGACUGAACAUGUACAAUUACCAUAUACAACUAGCGCGUAGUACUUAUCAUCGAUUUUAUACCCAUUUAUCCCAGAAGCCUUUUUAACGUAUCUAUUAACACUAAAUGCUAAGGAUUCGAUAAUUCGUUGGUAUAAUACUAGAAACAUUUUUAUUAAUGGAAAAUUCAAAAUUGAUACGAUAUAGUGUGAUUGACCUUUAAUGCAGAGAAUUACGGCUUGUAAACUGUCAAGGAAAAUGCAGCCAAUGACGGUAUGCACAUCACUGUUUCAACAAUAUGUUUUAUGACAGUCGAUAAUGUAACAAUUUUUUUGUUGAGGAAUGCAAUGAGAUAUCAAAUAUACACCAUUAUUUAUCCAACGUUAAUUCGUUUAUAUGAAGAAAUCGAAAAAAAAAUAAUAAAUUGG